CCUUUUCUUUAUUUUUUUAGUUUUGAAAAUUCCCAUUAAUCCUUCAUUUCCCCCAAGCAUUAUAAACACUCCACAAAACCGUCUCUCUCUCUCUCUCGGAUCACAAAGAAAGGCGCUCUCUCUCUCCCCCCCCUCUUCUCUCUCUCUACUUCUCUCUCUCUCUCAUACUUGCACACACCGUAGAAUCCCCACAAAAACCCUCCUCAGUUACUCGUUGUAGACCUAUUAGGCAAAGGUGUUUGAUAUUUUUAAGUACUAUAUUGGGGGUUUUUGAGCUGAGAUUUGUGGUGGGUUUUCGAGGAAAGAGAGACUAUGAGCAGUCACAAGUUUAGAAGGUUGUUGUGAUUUGGGGGUUUCUUUAUUUCUGGGUUAUGGCAAAGCGCGUGUAUGAAGUUUGGAAAGGAAGCAAUAAAUUCUUUCUCCAAGGGAGGUUAAUAUUUGGGCCAGAUGCGAGGUCAGUUAUUGCCACUAUAUUGAUGAUCACUGUUCCAGUAGUCCUCUUUUGCGCAUUGGUCGGAAGACAUCUUCGGCAUGAGUUUUCACAAUAUAACGCGGGAUAUGCCAUCCCAGUGGUGGCAGUUGUCUUUACCAUUUAUGUAUUGGUGCUUCUUCUUCUUACAUCAGCCCGGGAUCCAGGUAUUGUUCCCCGUAACUCACAUCCACCUGAAGAAGAGUUCCGAUACGAUACUUCUGCAUCAGCUGAGAUUGGGGGAAGACAGACACCUAGCGUACAAUUUCCCAGGACAAAAGAAGUUAUGGUCAAUAAUAUUCCUGUCAGGGUAAAAUACUGUGACACUUGCAUGCUUUACCGCCCUCCCCGUUGUUCACAUUGCUCUAUAUGCAACAAUUGCGUUGAGCGUUUUGAUCACCAUUGCCCUUGGGUGGGUCAGUGCAUCGGACAGCGCAACUACCGGUACUUUUUUCUAUUUGUUUCUUCUUCGAUGCUUCUGUGCAUCUACGUGUUUGCCAUGUCAGCCUUGUAUUUCAAAUUUCUGAUGGAUGAUCAUGAAGAAACAGUUUGGUAUGCUAUGAAGCAUUCACCUGCAUCUGUCGUGCUAAUGCUUUAUUGCUUUGUUGCACUCUGGUUUGUUGGUGGACUCACUGGAUUCCAUUUGUACCUGAUAAGCACAAAUCAGACUACCUACGAGAAUUUUCGUUACAGAGCUGACAACAGGAUAAAUGUCUACAAUCUGGGUUGCUUGAGUAAUUUUCAAGAAGUAUUCUGUACAACCAUAAAGCCUUCAAGAAACAAAUUCCGAGCCUAUGUACAGGAGGAGGUACAAAGGCCUCCUUUGCCUACCAGUCGGACCUCAGAAACCCAGGAUGCCAAUGAGGAUCGGCGCAUGAAGGUAGAGGAUGACCUAGAGCUUGGAGGUGAUCUAAUGAAAAUCUCUCAGCGACACAACAUUGAGGAUAUUGAGGCAGAUAUACGCAGCAGAGGAAGUGAUAUCCAUCGUCAUAAUUCCUCAGAAUUUGAUUCCGUUGUGGGAUCAGACCGGAGACCUCCCACAGGUCACAUGGAUACAAGGCAUUCAAGCUGGGAAAGAAGAAGUGGGAGUUGGGAGAUUGCGCAAGAGGUCGUUGGUGUCCCCUCCAAUGUCACUGAAAGUAAUGGCUACAGUGCUUCCAAGGAAGAGUCUAAAUGAGAAGGUUUCAAGGAUGUUGAUCUUGUUGUGCGAAAUGCAAUACAUAUUAUUGUUGGUUUCAGGGGUAAAAAGAGUUGAUGGCCUUUUCGAGUGCAUGUAAUCAAUUUAACCCUCAUCUUAGGUAGAAAUUCUACAUUACUUUUGUUUUAAUUGUUCCUGGUGAUACAUGCACUUCUUUUCUUUUAGAAAGCGGGCAGAAAAUGGGGGAUGUGUUAUUAUUUAGAGAUUAGUGUGAUUACUAAUUUCUUUUUCGCUUGUCAUUGAUUUCCGGUUAUUAUAGUGGUAAUUUGGUUGUUAUUUACA